AUGGCUUCAGCCCCAGUAGUAGUAGUAGUUCCUUUCUCAGUACUUUUCUUUGCUCUCUCUCUCUAUUUCUGUGAUGUUUCUGCAUCAGUUCUGAAGGGCAAGGGAGAUCUGAUUCAACAAACAUGUAAGCAGAUAGAUAAUUACAAACUUUGUGUAUCUCUGCUUCAAUCUGAUCCUCAUACUGCAUUGAAGACCAACCUCAAUGGCCUUCUUCAUAUUUUCAUCAACAUCGCGAUUAAGAAAGCAACUAGUAACAAAUUUACUUUGGGCUUGGGGAACAUUUCAAUGUUGAGUUUCUGGAAGGAGGAGGAGCAGCAGAAUCAGGAGAAGCUUGAAACUGACUUCCGGAAUCAGACACUGGAAUUGGAGAGCUGCAUCGGCAAUGAGAAGACGCUGAGGGUGAUCGCCAUUACUGUUGAAGAAGAGGAUGAUAUUAGGAAAUUUAAAGAUUACACACCCUCCACAUCUGGUUAUGCUGAUGAAGUAAAAGGGUCCUCUGAUUCUGCCCCACCAAAAAAGGAGGCAUUGGAGCCUGUCAGCCAACCUGAACAGAAGAUUGCCAAGCCUACUGAAGCUCCUCCUGCAAAAGAUCGUAUUUUUGCAAGCCCUCUUGCAAAAAGCUUGGCGGAAGAGCACAGUGUUCCUCUUUCAAACAUCAGAGGAACUGGUCCUGAUGGAAGCAUUGUGAAAGCUGAUAUUGAAGAUUACUUGGCUUCUAGCAAAAAGGGUGUACCUACACCAGUUUCCAAGGCAAAGGAUACUACCAUUGCAGGAGAUUUAGACUACAGCGACAUACCCCAUUCCCAGAUAAGAAAAUUGAAUAUCACUGCUUCACGCUUAUUGCUUUCAAAACAAACUAUUCCUUAUUAUUAUUUAUCUGUGGACACCUGUGUUGACAAACUUAUGGAUUUGCGCAGCCAACUUAACUCCCUACAAGAAGCUUCUGGUGGGAAACGGAUUUCUAUUAAUGAUCUUGUAAUAAAGGAGGCUGCUUUGGCUCUUCGCAAAGUUCCUCAGUGCAAUAGUUCUUGGACCAAUGAUUACAUGGACCAAAAUCCUCUGUAUCACAAUGUCAACAUCAAUGUGGCUGUGCAGACAGAUAAUGGGCUAUUUGUCCCCGUAAUCAGGGAUGCUGACAAGAAAGGAUUAUCCAAAAUUUCUGAUGAAGUCCAACAGCUGGCUCAAAAAGCCAAGGACAACAGCUUGAAACCUGAUGAUUAUGAGGGAGGCACAUUUACCUUGUCAAAUUUGGGAGGGCCUUUUGGAAUUAAGCAGUUCUGUGCCAUCAUCAAUCCUCCCCAAUCAGGAAUUCUUGCUGUUGGGUCUGCUGAGAAGAGGGUCAUUCCUGGGUCCGAUCCUGAUGAAUUGGAUUUCACUUCCUUUAUGAUGGUGACGCUAAGCUGCGAUCACAGUGUAAUCGAUGGUGCAAUUGGUGCGGAGUGGCUAAAAGCAUUCAAAGGCUACAUUGAGAAUCCAGAGUCUAUGUUGCUCUAAUUUUAUUGGCUUGCCGUACAAUUUUGUUAGUAGUUGAUGUGAAUAAGGAACUUUGUCAGAUCCUGAGCAUGAUUCUUUUCCUGAUUUUCAACUUGUUUUGGCAUGGCAUCCAUCAUCACGAGCUCGCCUAUCUGAGCUUUCUUUAACAGGGUUUUAGGUUGUGGGCUGAUGAAACAGGGACUGAGGCAUUAGAUCCUGCUGAUAAUAAACCAUUUUUGCUCA